UCUGUGGGCCACGUGGGCGACUGUUGUAAAACUCGUAAUUGUAAUAAGAUUACAAAUUAUAAAAUUAAAUAGGUCGGUUUAAACUUAAAUACGUUUCAUAUUGUUUCACGUAUUUAGCCACUUACCAGAGGUAAAUUGCAGGGUUAUUUGAUCCUGUUUUCAGCCCACUGAGACAAAAGCCGUUGCCUGGAACUAUGCAGCGCUUUCUGUUUUCAAGUCGGAAGUUUUUUUGGGGGGAACUUCCGGGGAACAUCUGAUGGUUUAUUUACUGAAUAAAAAUGCUUUCUUAAUUUAAUGGCAGCUGUUUUUGAUAUUUUCGAAGGCAGUGGUAUUAAGGUCUGCGUGUAAGCAGACGAAAUACGUCUGAUUAUAAGAUUUCUUCACUAUACUAUGUUUAAGAGAAUGGCUGAAUUUGGUCCAGAUUCCGGGGGGAGAGUGAAGGGAGUAACAAUUGUGAAGCCGAUAGUGUUUGGUAAUGUUGCGCGAUAUUUUGGGAAGAAAAGAGAGGAGGACGGGCACACUCAUCAGUGGACAGUCUACGUGAAACCCUACAGAAAUGAGGACAUGUCUGCUUAUGUAAAGAAGAUCCAAUUCAAACUUCAUGAAAGUUACGGAAACCCCUUAAGAGUUGUCACAAAACCACCGUACGAGAUCACAGAAACCGGCUGGGGAGAGUUUGAAAUUAUUAUCAAGAUAUUCUUCAUUGAUCCCAAUGAAAGACCGGUCACCCUGUAUCACCUGUUGAAGCUUUUCCAGUCUGACUCCAGUGCCAUGCCAAAGAAGACAGUGGUGUCUGAGUUCUAUGAUGAGAUGAUUUUCCAGGAUCCCACUGCUAUGAUGCAACAGCUGCUGACCACAUCCAGACAGCUGACAUUAGGUGCCUACAAGCAUGAGACAGAGUUUGCUGAGCUGGAGCUGAGGACGCGUGAGAAGCUGGAAUCUGCAAAGAAGAAGACAAGCCAGGAGAUAACGGAGCUGAAGGAGAAGCUGAAGGCUAGCCGAGAGACCAUCAACUUCCUGAAGAGUGAAAUUCGCAAGCUGGAGGAGGAGGAUCAGAUCAAAGACCACUGACGUGCUGGGACCGGCCCCCAUCCUGUGCUUCAGUCUGUCCUACACACUGUCCAAUAACAUUCUCCAGAAGAUUAACACCCAGAUUCUCAUCAUAAGCCUGUCUGCUGUUUCUUCCUUCCUCCUCACUGGCUCAUGAUCUUUACAAAGGUUCACACUUGUAUUGUCAUCAUAUGUACUGAAAGUAAUAUCUUGGUUGCAUUUUCCAAGUGUAAAGCUGAUUAGGUUUUUUUUUUCUUUGCUGUUAAUUGAAAUUACCUUCUCCAGGUCUUAUGCAGACCAGGUAAUGAUAUAGCAAGCUUUUGUAUAAGUACUUCUACUAGAUUGUAAGCAGCAUAUUUUAAUGCAGCUUUUAUGCUAAAUGUCCUGUUAACGUUACUGUUGUUUCAACCAUUAGUAAGGCAGCUACUCCUUGAUUAAUAAAAAUGGAAAUUGUUAAUA